AUGUGCCAUGAAAAGUUGCACGUCCAAACAACAAGACUGGAGACACCUCCUUGUCAAUCGUCUCUGAGCUUUCCGAUCUCCGCCGCUCUCAAUCCGUGUCACUCCCGUUCUGGUAGUGGUGUUUGUGGAUACAAUAGCUUCUGCACUUUGGGACAGGAUAAGAGACCAACGUGUCAGUGUCCAAAAAGUUACUCUCUAGUUAAUCCUGAUGAUCCAUAUGGUAGCUGCAAGCCAGAUUUUAUACAAGGAUGUGAAGAAGAUGAACUGAGUAAAAGAAAGGAUCUCUAUAACUUUGAGGUUUUGAUUAACACUGAUUGGCCUUUCUCAGAUUCUGUGCUUCAAAGGCCUUUUACUGAAGAACUGUGUAAAGAAGCUUGUAUGGGAGAUUGCAUGUGUUCUGUGGCUAUUUUCAGCUCUGCUAUUCUCAAUGCUGUAUUGCUUGUAGCAAUAUGUUUCAGCACCUCCAUGAUUGUUCAGUACAAGAAGAAGCUUAGAAGAGUUAGCAGAAGUGAAACUAGUGUUGAAACCAAUUUGCGUUGCUUCACUUACGAAGAGCUUGAAGAAGCUACUAAUGGAUUUGACAAAGAGCUAGGAAGGGGAGCUUUUGGUAUAGUUUAUGAAGGAGUCGUCAACAACACAUGUUCCGAAACUCGUGUGGCUGUGAAAAAGUUGAACAAUUUUUUGUUGGAUCAAGCUCAUAGAGAAUUCAGGAAUGAACUGAAUGUCAUUGGUCUCACUCAUCAUAAGAACUUAGUUCGUUUACUUGGAUUUUGUGAGGGUGGAAGUGAAAGAUUGCUUGUUUAUGAGUACAUGAGCAAUGGCACUUUGGCAAGUUUACUUUUCAAUGCUGAUGAGAAACAGAAACCAAGUUGGAAACUAAGGCUUGAACUUGCAAUAGGAAUAGCAAGGGGACUUGUGUAUUUACAUGAAGAGUGCAUUACUAGGAUCAUCCACUGUGACAUAAAGCCUCAAAAUAUACUUCUUGAUGAUUACUUCAAUGCAAGAAUUUCUGACUUUGGACUAGCCAAGUUGAUGAACAUGAAUCAAAGCAAAACCAACACUGGCAUUAGGGGAACAAAAGGGUCACUGGCCGGUUUUGGUUUCAGUGCUACCUCUAAUGCUGCUGCCACCUCACAGUUUGUGAGGGCUGAAAUGCUCCCUACUAGCCACUUGGUUCGACCAUACGAAGCUCAAGUGGAUGUGUAUAGUUAUGGAGUAGUGCUACUUGAGAUUAUUUCAUGUAGAAGAUGUGUUCAAGAAAUGGAACAAGAAGAUGAAGAGAAAGCAAUAUUAACUGACUGGGCUUAUGAUUGCUACAAGGAUGGUGCUGUAGAUGCAUUGGUUGAGGGUGACAAUGAGGCAUUGGAUGACAAAGAAAAGUUGGAGAAAUUGGUAAUGAUUGCAAUUUGGUGUGUUCAAGAGGAUCCAGUUCUUAGACCAAGCAUGAGAAAUGUGAUACAUAUGCUUGAAGGUACUGUUGAAGUGCAAGUUCCAGCAUACCCCUCACAAAUUAGUAUUCAAUAUUCUCUAAUUUAA